AGCGGGCUUGCUGAGUAGCCCGAUUCGAUGGAAAGCGCAGCCACGACUUUGCUAAAAUUUAAUUACGCUCAAGAAGAAAGAGAAACGUUUUAGGCUACACUCACAGUUGAAUGAAUGCGGCCUUUUGCGAACUCGUCAUGUAGCGUCGCCCGUUCUGCUGCUGCUGCUGCACGUACUCCUCGUGCGCUGCGUCGCUGCUGUGCACGCCGCGGCUUUUCCUCUCUGUCCUCGGUCCUUGCCGUCGUCUCUCGGCUUCCACCCGGACCACCCCACCUUCGACGCGGCGGACUGAAACUUCCUCACAUUCACCGGUGGACGACAAGGACGGGCGCGCCGACCACGCACGCCGCGCGGUGCUUCAUUGCCAAGUCGCCCGACGCGAACAACGGUCUCCACAGCAGCGGCGACGAAGAAGGAUCACUCGACAGUGCGAAGGAAGGCCUGGACAGCGCAGAACUUCUCUUUCUCGACGACCUCGCUGAAGGUGACACAGGAAAUGCAGCAGCACCAUCGGCUUCGUCGUCGUCCUCACGCACAGCGCCGCAGACGGAGCCGACCUCCGCAAGCGCACGGGCCGCCCUGCAGCAGCGCCGCGAGCUCUUUGCCCGCUGCACCGACCUGCACAGCGUCGUUCACGAGGAGGUGCGCGCCGAGGUGGCGCGGGACAUGAAGGACGGCGUGGCGGCGGUGCCUCCGCUGGCCCCGGCCGGGUGGCGGGUGCUGCACCCGUCCGGCUCCAGUUACUUCACGAUGACACGGGUGGAGACGGGGUACUACGCAGAUGGGCGUCACGGGGCUGCAUCGACAGUGACCGACUCGACGCCGCGCUAUCAAAGUGUGCGAGAUAUGAUGACCGGCAGAUCAGGCGCACCGCGGCGGUCGCGUGAGAAGGUCUCCGCUGCCCCGCAGCGAGGAACGCAUUUUCUUCGCGGGAAUGCUGCUAAUGCCGGUGAUGGCGCUGGCCGGGUGCGGUACGCGCGCUCCGACACUCACAUCACUCUCUUCGCGCCGUUUCGCACGCUGGACCUGACGCUCUACGACCCCCACGUGGACAUCUGCGAAUGGGCCCGCUUUGAUGUUUUAAUGCGUAAGACGAGACCCGCCACGGCAGCAGAAUCAACCUCCACCGCCAACUCUCGGCAUGCAUCAUCCACAGCCGCAUCGUCGUCGUCGUCGCGUGCUUCACAGCAGCAGCCGUCAGUAACACCGCUGCAAGGGCAGCAGGAGAUCUGGGAUGAAGGACGGUGCAUGUUUCUCCGCCUUGCCUGCGUGAACAGCGAGCUGCGCAUUCGGUCAGUGCAGUUUGUGUCGAACACGCUGGCGCGUGCCCUGGAGGAACACGCCGUCUUCGGCAAAGGGGAGCCGCUCUACCUCGAGCUGCUGCGGCGACAGCGUCGCGAGCGGGCGGUGGCCCAGGCGGACGGGAAGACUCGCUGGCACACCACCGUCUCCCCGCUGAACGUGUUUGACGCCCCACGGUCGUCGGCGUCUCCCGCCGCUGCGGCGGCAUCGACGCUCCUCGAGGACCCGCUUCUGUCAACGGCGGCGGCAGACGGUGCGAGUGUGCUGACGUCGCAGUUCGACCGCAGCGGCGAAUACGCGCGGACCUUCGCGUACGCCGGGCCGUACCUGACGGAGCUGUCGAAGGAGCUGCGUGAGGCGUUGCAGGGGUACGUGAUGCUGCAUCUCGGGAUCACGAGCGAGGUGGCCGAGUACGUGUGUCAAAUGCAGUUUUUCCUGGAGCAGGAGGAGUACAUUGCGUGGUUGGCGCAGUGGGGCCAGCUAGCAACGACGCUGCGGGGAGCGCUGUAA